UUUUUUUGUUCUUCUGACAUUUACUCUUGCUCAGCUGGUUCCGCGUUUUCUUAUGUAAAAUUUAUUUUUUUAUACAACAAAGUGAACCAUUUGUUAUUACGCUUUUAGAAAUGAUAUUAACAGUUUCACUUUUAAACAAAGGAUCCUUCUUGGGUUCUUUGAUUAACAAAUGCAGGCAAGUUGUACGAAUUAAACCAGUUAAAUUAGAAACUAAUAUAAAACCCAACAUCUCUACUUCUAUAACAACAUCAACAAAUACUCCUACGGCUGCAAUAACAUCGCCUGCAUCUUUGUUAAUUACGGAACAACAAACCAAUAGACCUGCUGCUGUUGCUAACCUUAGUUUGAGUAGUCCCUCAUAUGUGGCUAAAACUUUGGAGGAAAAAGCAGGACUACCGCCAAGACCCAAAAAGCCAUUGACACCCUACUUUCGUUUUAUGAAAGAACAACGACCCAAAAUACAGGCUGAAAAUCCUAAAAUCUCCAUUGUGGAUAUAGUGAGACAAGUCUCAAAACAAUGGGUAACUGCAGAUGCAUCUUUGAAGCAGCGUUUGCAAGAGGAAUACAAAAAAGAACAACAGAAAUAUGUGGAGACACGUACGAAAUACGAUGCAAAAAUCACAGAUGAACAGCGCUCACAACUAAAAGAACUUAAACAAGAGCAAAUUGAUGCAAAAGAAAGACGUAUGAUGCGUAAACGUAUUAAGGAAUUGGGACGUCCUAAAAAACCUGCCUCGGCCUUUUUACGUUUCAUAGCCAAGGAAAGAAUUGCAACGCCUCAGACUGAAAAAGAAACAUUCAGGGAAUGGCACCAAAAGGCCACCGCCAAAUGGGGCACACUGACUGACGAACAAAAGAAUGUUUACAUAAUGGAAUCACGCAAGGAAUUGGAAAAGUACAAAAUAGAAAUAUCCUUGUGGGAAGAAAAAAUGAUACGUUUAGGCAACAUUGACGUUAUUCGCCAUAGCAAUCUAAUUGAUCCUCCUGAGCCCAAGCCAAAGAAACAUUAACUUGUUGUCACAAACAUAUUUUUAAUUGUUUUGUUUAAGUUGAUUUUUGGUUCUACAUUCAUUUACUUUAUUGUUAAGUUUUAUGCCACUACUUUGUGUUUUGGUAUUUGUAUUCAUUUUCAAGCUGGAAGACUAGAAAUUUGUUUAUAUCGAAAGGCUACAUUAAAAAUUACUUAAAUUAUCUAAA